AUGCAAGAGCUUACCCCAAAAGAGGUUAAAAAUGCAGUUUUCAAACUAGAUGAACAAAGUGCAAUAGGUGCGGAUGGAUUUACAGGGUUCUUCUUCAAGCAAUGCUGGGACAUAAUUAGGGAGAAUGUUUUUCAAGCUGCUAGAGAAUUUAUGUGCAGAGUUUUUACCAAGAUACUUUGCAAUAGGUUAAAGCCCCUACUGCCAUUUGUCAUUUGGUUGGAGCAAUCUGCCCUUGUCCAAGGUAGAGAAAUUGCAGACAAUAUUUUAAUAGUGCAAGAAUUGGUGAAUGACAUUGAUAGGAAGGUGUGGGACCAAAACAUAGUGUUCAAAAUUGAUAUGAUGAAAACCGUUGAUAAGGUGUCAUGGGAAUUCUUAUCCAGGCUGCUCCUCAAAUUCAGGUUUCAUCCUCAAUUCGUGACUUUGGUCAUGAACAAUUUAACCUUGUCUUGGUUCUCAAUGCUUGUCAAUGGGAAGCCGAAUGGUUUCUUCCAGGCUGCUUGCGGCUUAAAACAAGGAGAUCUACUAUCCCAUUUCCUCUUUAUCUUAGUGUUGGAGGCUCUUACCCGUGGCCUAAACAACCUAUUCCCUUUAGGGGGAGUUCAACCUUACACUCAACUAUGA